UUAAGAAAUCCGAAUCCGAUCCCUUCCACAGAACAGGAAGACCACUUUCUAAGUUGCACUGAGAAUUUACAAUUUUGGCAAAAAAAGUGUUCUUGAUUUGUGCGAACCAAAAGCAUGCAAGCAACAGUCAAUUGUUGACAAAUCCGUUGAAUAUCGUUAACAUCACAAAUUGACGAAAACAUGGUGACGCUACCAACAGAAGCAGUAGCUUUCCUGGGUGCCGUAGGAGCAUUUCUGUUUGUUUUGAUCGUCUUUUUUAUGUACCUGAACAAACUGUUAUGCUUCCAUACGUGUGGAGGGUUUCCAUGUAUUGAUCAGCCUCCAAAGAAAAACAAAUCAAGUAAAGACAAACUAGGAAGUGCUUUUGCCUAUGAGGAUGAAGAAUCGUCAAGUGACAGCGAUGAUGAGAUGCAAAACAAGUUUCAUAAGGCACACAGUAUAAAACGGUCAGACACACUACACAGUAUUAAGAGUGGCAAAAGUGGUAAAAGUGGCAGGCGACGUAGUAGUCGUAAAGUCCAGACUCUUGUCAGUAGCCAGGACUCAUUAGCUGAUCCUCAGUUAGACUCUAGUGAUGCAGAGGUUAUAGACAAAAGAAAGGAUGCCACUGGGAAUGCUGUGGCAGAUGAUACAAGCUCACAACAACAGUUAAUAUUUGACAAUAAAGCAUACCAGACAGAGCCAACUCCAUCAUUAUCUGGAAGUGAAUUUACUACCGAUUUACAGGACACCACAUCACAGGAUGCUGAUGAACAUUUAUUUGAUGUCAGUGACCUUCAGAAGGAACCACCUCUAAUAUCAAAAUGUGGCAGUAUAGAGAUGACCUUUUCUUACGACCCCAAACGUGGCAGAAUGGCAAUAACUGUUCACCAAGCUCAGGAAAUUCCUAGUGUUGAACGUGGUGGUGCAAGCCAUGCUCAAGUUAGGAUUGUAUUACUGCCUACCAAGAAACAGAAGUUUAAAACCAAAGUCAAAUCUGGCCAGAAUCCUGUAUACCAAGAGAGUUUUGUCUUCAGUAAAAUACCACAAGAGGAAGUCCAUAGCAUGGGAAUACGUAUUCGUCUAUAUGGUGUAGAGAGGAUGAGGAGAGAGAGAAUGAUAGGAGAAAGUAUUAUAGGAUUUGCCUCAUUGAAUCUUGAUAGUGCUUCCACUCAUUUUGUCAUUCUUGAACCAAGGAGUAACCUUAGUGGUGGAGAGUCCCAAUUUGAUGUAUCCAGUCUUUCGAGGAGUGACAGUGCUUCUUCUACCCAGUCCAUGCAACAUGGCGGUAUGCCAGAAUUGUUGUUGGGUCUUGGUUAUAAUGGAACAACUGGUCGAUUGACUGUUGAAGUCAUCAAAGGAAGUAACUUCAGAAACAUGGCCAUGAACAGAGCUCCAGCUAUCAUAAAAAUAAAAGAUACUUAUGCCAAACUAACCUUAAUGUCCCCCACUGGUCAGGAAAUCACAAGAAGUAAGACAUCUGUUAGAAGAGGACAGCCCAAUCCAUUGUUUAAGGAGACAUUUAUGUUCCAGGUGGCAUUGUUUCAGUUGGCUGAGGUGACCUUGAUGGUUUCUGUGUAUAACAAACGUAGUAUGAAGAAAAAAGAGAUGAUUGGAUGGUUUUCAUUAGGAUUGAACAGCAGUGGAGAAGAGGAACUCUCUCAUUGGACAGAUAUGAGGGAAAAUAAAGGGGAUCAAGUUUGUCGCUGGCAUGUACUAUUGGAGUCUUGAAUGAAACAGUGAAUGUAAAGACAUGCUAUUUGUGGCAUAUAUGUCUACAAAUUAUUGAUCCACAAAAAUUAUGUUGUUUUUAUUCUCUUUUUUCAAUUUUUUUGUUGUUAUCAGAUUGCAUAAAUGCUGAAAGAAUUAUUUCCCUUAGAACAUACAAAUUUCUUUGAAAGAUUUUACACCUUUCAUAAUGUUGACAAUUUUCCUCAUAAGUAAUUUGAAAAACUCAAUUGUUUUUAAUCUAUUGAAUUAGAUAUAUAUUUUUGAUCAUUGUUUUUUAAAGACAUUUUUUUGGCUUUCUCCUCAGUAUUAUUGACUAAAAAAACAGGUCCAGUAACUUUCAUGCUUAAAUAAUAUUGUUUGACUGAAAUAUUACCACCUAUACUCACAUUUUUUGCAAUAUGUUGUUAUUAAUAAUCCAUUGUUAUAGUCCCAAUGAAAUAUUUUUAUGUUUCUUUACUCAAAAUAAGCACAUAUACUCAAUAAAUAUGUUUAUAACUAGUUAUGGGUUGGUUGUUAUAAAAUAUUAUUAAAAUGAUAAGGUUAUAGAAUAUUAAUAUGAUUAAAAUGUUAGUCUCAUGAUAUAUAGUUUAUUUACAUAUUUUUGUUACCAAUAUCUUACAUUAUACAAUUGUUUUCUACUUCUUAUUUUACUUAGUGCAUAAUAUUGACUUGUUUUGUUAUACAUUGUACCUGUAUCUGACAUUAUACAAUUGGUUUUUUUCGUCUUUUUUUCUACUUAAUGCAUAAUAUUGACUUCUUUUGUUAUACCUGUAUCUGACAU